CCCUCCCUUCCGCUCCUAUCAUAUAUCAAUUAUAUUUUAUGAACUAGCAAUUACACUCAUCAUCGUCAUCUUCUUCUGUCGAUACCCCCUUUUCUGAAUCAUAUAGCGCCACUCCUAAACACGUUUACCCUUUCUCUUUCUCUCUUUCUCUCUCUGCAAAUUCUUAUCUCAGGAAAGAAGAGAGGAGAGAAUAAGUCAGCUGGCAAGAGGAAGAACUGAAGAAUGGGUAGAGCACCCUGCUGUGACAAAAAUAACGUGAAGAAAGGGCCAUGGUCGCCUGAAGAAGAUGCCAAGUUGAAGGCUUAUAUUGAAGAGCAUGGAACCGGUGGUAAUUGGAUUGCUUUGCCUCAGAAAAUUGGGCUAAAGAGAUGCGGGAAGAGUUGUCGUCUCCGAUGGCUGAACUAUCUCCGGCCGAACAUUAAGCACGGAGGGUUUUCAGAGGAAGAAGAUAACAUCAUCUGCAGCCUCUUUAUAAGUAUUGGGAGUAGGUGGUCUAUAAUAGCGGCGCAGCUCCCCGGAAGAACUGAUAACGACAUAAAGAAUUACUGGAACACAAGGUUGAAGAAGAAGCUUUUCGGCAAGCAGCGGCGAGAUCACGGCGGCCUCAAGGCCGGUAACGUAGCCCGGCAAAAGCAAGCCGAAAUGAGAAAAGCCGCCGUCGCCGCCGCCGCCAGAGAAAACCCUAUGAUGAUGAUGAUGGCUCCUCUCGCCAACACUAACAAUAACACUCCUCCCUGGCCGGAGCUCCCGGUUCUCGACCCGAUCCGAUUCGCCCCCGACAACCAACCCGCUUUCAACGACCACCACUCCAUUAGAAACCUCUUAAUCAAGCUCGGCGGCAAAUUCGGGGACGACAACGACAACAACGACGAUCUUAAGCAUAAAAACCUCGCUUUAUACCCCACGGAAAAUCCGCCGGCUGUUCUCUUGCCGCCGCUCUAUCAACAAAAUCCCAUGAAUCAAAUCUCGUCUGCUCCGACAACCGAAACCUUAAACUCUCCAUUCUCAAUCAACGAAUACAACAUGGAAGCGGAAAUUCGGAGCUUCCCAGGUGAGAAUUGUUUCUACACCGACAACACUAACAUCCCGCAGAAAAUGGACGGUCUGGAAUUCUUGUACGACAACAUGUUAAGCAACAACAAUGGGAGACUUGGAAGCAGUAGCGGAGGAGCCAUGAUGGACUGGAGUGAGAUGAUGAGCUAUUGCAGCUUAGCAUUUGCUCCUCCACUGUCAUCUUACACAAGUUCUACUGUUCAACCCCCGGCGGCGCAACCUCACUCUGCGGCGGCGCUAUUUGACGGCGAGGAGCUCAUCAGCUACUCCGGGACGCCGCCGCAAUAGUAACCUUAAUUAAUUGCCGUUAUAUAUGUUCAUUUGUACAUUAAUUAUUACUUAGUGGGCACUGUAAAGUUUUCCUUUACGUGUUUAGUAUGUAUUAGAGCUGAUCAGAAGUGCCUCAGGUUGUUCCUGGGUGACAGAUUGCGGGUAAGAGCUGAUUAGAAGAGGAGGGGUGAAUGUUUCUGAGCUAUGUUAUUAAACAAACCCUAAUAAAAUUGUUGGACUAUGCAUGUUUAUCCCUUAAA